GGUUAUUAUUGGUCGAUGCGUGUUUCCUGUUCGUUUGGGUGGCCUGAUGCCCUGAUCUGACGAUGGGUGACACGACUUGGGCUUAAACAAUGGCCGCACCAUUAGGUAGUGUCUGGUGCAGGGGCGAACGCGAUUAGCCAUGAUGUAGCGUGAUUCUUUCCUUGCAGGCUUCCUUUCCUAGCCAAUCAGCCACCUUCUCCCAAACCAGUACAGGCGCUAUCCGGUUGACCAAACCAGCCUACCAACCCGUCAAGUCAUCGACACAGGGAUCAGAUCGAUCAGGAGGGCCUCUCAUCUUUGCCAAUUCCAUCUUUCUUCUGUUCUCCUUUCCUCUUCCUCGUUCUUCUUCUUCUUCUAGUAUCCGUGCAUAAAACUGCUAAACAAUUACCACUAUUGUAUUGACCAAUGAGUCGACGGGGCCAUGUGGUUUGGUUUUGUUUAGCAUCCCGUCUCUCUCCUCCUCUGUUUCCAUCAUCAUCAUCAUCCAGAGGCCACCAACCCUCCUCGAUUAUUCAGAGCAGCCAAUUAGUCUUGGCGUCUUGACGUGUUCGGAGAAUUUCCUCUCAUUUAUAUGCAGUAGUUAGACAUGCUCUGGAGAAGCAAAGCGAGGUAGGAAGAGGGAUUUGGUCGAAUUUUACGUACUUAGCCGUGGGCGAGGCGUUUACAGGGUUGCUUCGGCUCGGGGUGGGUUGGGUUGGGUUGGGUUCGAUGGAGAAGUGGAGCAGGGGGCUCUCCUGCCGGGCCGCCAUCUGCGGCAUCGUCGUCCUGCUCUGCGCCACCGCGUUCUCCUGCUCCCUCGCCGCCGAAUUCCGCAAAGUCAAGGAGAAGGACAUGAAGCUGGACGGUAGCCUCUGCUCCCUGCCCAAGAGCUCCGCCUUCGAAUUGGGCGUCGCGGCCAUCGCGUUCCUCUCCGUGGCGCAGCUGGUGGGCACCACGGCGGCGGCGACCACCAUGUGCGCCGCGUCCAAGCGCAGCAAGUCGUCCACCACCAGGCGCCGCGCGGCGUCCGUCGCCAUCCUCGUCCUCUCAUGGGUGAGCUUCGCGCUGGCCGUCGUCCUGCUGGCGACCGCGGCGAGCAUGAACCACGGGCAGCGGUACGGCCGGGGCUGGAUGGACGGCGACUGCUACGUCGCCAGGAACGGCGUGUUCGGCGGGGCCGCCGCGCUGGUCGUCGUCACGGCGCUCCUCAUCCUCGGCCUCACCUCCACCACCAAAUCAUCCUCAUGCGCCACCUCGGCAGCAUCCGCCACAACGACAAUCCGUCUCGACGCGGCGGCCACGGACGCCGAGCAGGCGAGCGGGCGAUCGAAGCAGUGACCCGCCGGCCUGGCCGGGGCGGAACACGCGGGGCGGGACGGGCCAACCGGAGGAGAGGCGGGUGGACGGUGCUCCGCGCUGUUCGUCCCGCAAAGGCCAAGCGGCGUGGGGGCAAUCUCCGCUUGCUGGCAAAGGCCAACGGCUGGUGAUGGGUGGGGGCGGGUAUACCGGUGGGUUAGAAGAUAUUUUAGCUGGACAAAGGUAGUACAUAGCAUUACUGACAAAAUUACUGACCAAGAGGUCCAAGACCGUGCAAAAUGUAAAUGAAACCAGAUCAAACAGAUCCACGCAAAGAAAGUAAAGGUUGUACAUGAAUUAAUUACAGCAUCUUAAGACAUAGCCGAGUUCGAACAUGGUGAUUGGUGGAUGUGGCAGAGUCGAAUGUGAGUCGUACGAUUUAGUCGUAUGUAUAGCAGGAUUCUAUUUUUUUUUAGCUCGCCUAUGCCAGAUUUUCGUGAUGGUUUUAUUGUAUUUAUAUAUUUGUUUUUUAGAUAACAGGAGAUGUAUUACUGUAGUAAUAUUUAUAUAUACCUAGCAUGUGUUUCUUGAUUAGGUCCUCAUGUUUUAGCAUGUUCACUUGUGCUGGCAAAGGCUGGCUCUGUCCUCUAUACAUUAUCUAGUCUGUAACAGUCUAACAGACAGCAUGAUGGGAAUGCAUAUGAACAAUUCUUUUUGGCUC